CUGGCUUAUAGCAAUAUAGCGUUCUUCAGUUCUACUCUGACCUGACGGACAUCGACCGACGCGCUCGGCGCACUCACGCACAACGGAAAUACGAUUUAUGCUACUUCCUACUUAUCUUAUGUAGUUUUAUCUACGACAGUUGACUAUCGACAAUCCGACAUUUCCCGUGUGCCACCUGCCUGCAGUACUUGUGAGUGUGUAUAUCGUGUGUCGGUCAUUACUCGUUUGUGAUUUAUCUAAUAUUUUGAUCUCGUGACUCAAAAUGAAUAGGAAAAGGAAAUUUGAAUUUGCCGUAGGUGACAAAGUGUUGGCUUAUGAUAAUAAAUUACUAUAUGAGGCCAAAUGUUUAAAAAGAGGCAUGACUAUGGCUAGUACCCAGUACUUGCUUCAUUUUUUUGGUUUCAACUCUAAAUUUGAUGAAUGGAUUUAUGAAAACGACAUAUUAGAGAUGAAUGAAAUUAAUUUAGCUCACAAGAAUAGGUUAUUAUCUAAGCUACGGAAACCUGCCAAAAGAUCAAAAAAUCUAAAAAAAUCUAAAAAAUCUAAUACUACAAAAAAUGCUUCACCAAAACCAGCAUUAAAAAAAACAGAUAAGAUCUCAAAUAUUAUCCCAAACAUCAAUCCAUAUUCAAAGCUUCUUGCCGACAAAUUGCAUAAUAUUGCUGUACCCCUUAUUUUACAAAAAGCAUUGUUUUUGGAUUUUGUGAUGAACAACACAUUUCAAAAGAUAUUAAAAUUUCCAGAGAAACAUUUUUUGGCAGAAAUUUUACAUGCUUUCACUCAAUCAACCUAUUUUGACGAUGAUAGCGAAAAGAAAAGUUCAACGAUGUUAUGUGUAACGCUGAUGCAAUAUUUUAACUCUUAUGUUAGCAAACAUCUAUUAUACGUUAAUGAAAAAAGAUUCAAAUUAUAUAUAAAGGGCAUUCAAUAUUUUCAGCAAAGAAGUAAAAAUCAACCAAAUAUCACCUAUAUCUUCAAAAAAAAAUCUAUGUCGAAAUACAAUUUGGUGUUAUCUGUAUGGUCCCUUAUAUCUAUUGAGAUUUCUUGCUCAUUUACCAUCCAUUUUGAUGUCAAACUCGUCGCUUCCUGAAUGUGAUUUAAAUACUUUCUUUCUUCAUAUUGAAGGAUUAUACCGGUUUAUGGAGAAUAAUUAUGAUACUUAUUUCACUGACAAUUCUUACAUGGACGUUGAAUACAAUUUGUAAGAAGUAUACAUUCAAAAUGUUUAUAAUUUAGUGUGUAAGAAAAUAGAAAUACAUUGUUAACUAAAUAAGUUAGUCUAGUUAGUAAUAAAAAUGUAACUAAACUAUAAUACCAUACAAUACUACUUGUUUAU